AGCCGGAGGAGACUGCAGCUGGAGAGAACGAACAGGAGUGGGGGAGCACCGCACUGUCAGAGGUGAGAGACCACUUCAUUGAAAGCAAAUAAAAAUAUAAUUAUCAAAGCAGACUCCCCCGGAAACUGAACUGUCCAUAGCAGCAUCUGCUGCCAUUGUAACACUAGCCAAUUGUCCAAUGGGAGAAGUGAUCAAACAGGCUCGAUUAUCAUCCAGUUACCGGUGGCCUCCAGAGACGAUGAGCUGUGUUAAGAUCCCUCGGUCAAUGCUGCAUUGUCCACUCCUGAAGGACCUGAGCAUUGGACAGCAGAGAUAUCUGUCCACCAUCAUCACCAUCUACAGGGCAGCACCUCUCCGUAGGAGCCUACACCAGCAAUACAUCAACAGCCUGAAGAGGCAGAUGACAUUGGGUUACAUUUCUGCUGCGGAAAUGGACAAAUUUCUGGAUUUUCUGAAAAAGCCCAAGCAGCAGCAGUAUCGCAAACAGUCUCCUUCUCUGGUCAGAACCGUCAAGAAGGCAUCCAGAGAACAAAGUCACUGCUCACGAUUGAAAUCGAAGACAAGAGAGGGAGGGAAAAGAUAAAUAGCUUUUUCUGGAACCAGACUGAAGAUCCAGCACAAUCAAGGACCGCUGUGACUGGGAAUGUGCCUUACCCGGCUGAGUAUGAAAGAAAGAUUGCAUUUCUCAAUAAAUUGAUUGGUGGUUCACUGUCAUUUUCAUUAAGGAAUUCCUAUUAGAGGGCACAUUUCUCAACUUCAGGACAUUACUGUACCAAACGGCU